UCGGAUAGUUUUAUCUAUAUAUGCGGCGGAUAUGAUGGAUCAGCCUAUUUGUCUCAGUGUUAUAAAUAUAACAAACAAACAGGUAUUUGGGAAACCAUACAAUCCAUGUCCACUACAAGAGCUUUAUUUAGUUUGAUUUCAUUGGAUUCAAAAUUGUAUGCAAUCGGCGGCUAUAAUGACAAACAUCAAUAUUUGAAUAGUGUUGAAACAUAUGAUAUACAAACAAAUCAAUGGAAAUCUAUAGCAUCGAUGAAUAUAAAGCGCCGAGAGCAUGGUGCAAGUGUAAUACAAAAUACUAUAUAUGUAUGCGGUGGUUACCAUAACAAAGUUAUCAAAUCAUGUGAAUCUUAUUCACCAAAUACUAAUGAGUGGUCUUUUGUAACACCAAUGAGUCAGGAAAGGUAUGCUCUGGCACUGGUAGCACACAAUGGGUUUAUAUAUGCUAUCGGAGGGUAUAAUAGUGGGGGAUUAAAUACAAUGGAAAGAUAUGAUACAAAAACACAACAAUGGAAACCAAUGGCUAAUAUGAAAUAUGCUAGAUAUUCAUUUGGUUCAGCAUCAUUUAUGGAUAAAAUAUAUGUUUGCGGCGGUUGGGGUAAUAGUGAUUGGAAAUCAUGCGAAACAUAUGAUUCAAAAACAAAUCAAUGGACACCAAUUGCAUCAAUGCAAUUAGAUACAGCUGAAUUUAAUUUGAUUGUAUUUAAUGACAAAUUAUAUGCAUUGGGUGGCUAUUUAAAGGAUAAUAGACGAACAGAAAUGGUUGAAAUAUAUGAUCAUAAAUCAAAUGAAUGGUAUUAUACGACAUCAUUGCCAAUAAAAGUAUCAGCAUUUGGAGUAGCUGUCCUAUAA